AGUUGACUCUCUUGACUGCCUUGUUGUCAGUCACACACUUUUACUGACACCCGCAAGUGGAGGAGCAAGCUUGCUCUUGUUGCUUUUUUUUUUUUCUUGUCUUCCAACAAGUGGACCGAAGCAAAGCAAACAUGUGGACUUCGCGUCCACCCAGAGAGCAGGCGCGCCCUGCUCCGGGCGCUAACGCCUGCUGAGCAUGCUGCCCAAGGCUCCGCCUACGAGCAGCAGACUCAAUCUGGUGAACGCCGAAAGUCCGGACGUCACGGUGACGGAAGGAAUCAAUAUGGCCGAUCUGGUGGAGAGCUUGGAUACCCGAGAGCUGGACUUUGAUGACGGGGAGGAGGUGGACUGCGAGGGAAACAGCCUCGGGGACUGCCGCAUCCCGUUCUCGGCCGUGUACGCCACGGUGGGCUUCAAGGAGGCCAGCGCCACGGUCUUCCUGCCCACGGUGCCCAUCACCGUCCGCAUCCUGGAGGUGGAGCGCUUCACCACGGCGCAGGAUCGCUUCAACCUGUCGCAUCACCGCAGCGUCAAUAAAUCUCUGCCCGCCGUGUUCAAGAUUGAGAUGAAGCACGGCGAGUUCACCUGGAUGGUGAAGAGGAAGGAGAAGCACUUUAUGGAUCUGCAUCGAGAGCUGCGGACGUACAAAACCUUCAUGAGGAUACCGCUGCCGUCGCGCAGCCACACGGUGAAGAGGAGGACGGUGAGGAAGAGCGAAGUGAGGGAGAUGCCCUCGCUGCCCAGGGGCGGAGGUGACGAGCUGGUGCGGGACGAGCAGGUGUCCAGCCGGCGGAGACAAUUGGAGGACUACUUGAACAAGCUGCUGAAAAUGGCUUUGUACCGCAAAUACCAUCACACCAUGGAGUUCAUUGACGUCAGCCAGCUGUCCUUCAUUCACGACCUGGGCCCCAAAGGACUGGAAGGGAUGAUACACAAGCGCUCCGGGGGUCACCGUAUCCCCGGCUUGAACUGCUGCGGUCACACUCAAGCCUGCUACCGCUGGUCCAAACGGUGGCUGGUGGUGAAGGACUCAUUCCUGCUGUACAUGAAACCCGAUACGGGGGCCAUCUCUUUCGUGCUGCUGGUGGACAAAGAGUUCAGCAUCAAGAUGGACUCCAAAGACACAGAGACCAAACACGGGGUCAGGAUUGACAGUCUUUGCAGGGCGCUGGUGUUCAAGUGCAGCAGCUACAGACACGCCCGCUGGUGGGGUCAGAGCAUCGAGAACUUUGUCCGGAAUAAUGGCAAGGCCUUUCUGCGGGAUCACCGCUUUGGAUCCUUUGCGCAGGAACAGGAAAACAUUCCAGCUAAAUGGUACGUGAAUGGCAAGACUUACAUGGAGGACGUAGCCGAUGCCUUGGAGGAGGCCAGAGAAGAAAUCUUCAUCACCGACUGGUGGCUGAGUCCAGAGAUCUUCCUCAAGAGACCUGUGGUGGAGGGAAACCGUUGGAGGCUGGACUGCAUCCUCAAGCGAAAAGCCCAACAAGGAGUGCGCGUCUUUGUGAUGCUCUACAAGGAGGUGGAGCUGGCAUUGGGCAUCAAUUCGGGCUACAGCAAGCGAACGCUCAUGCGCCUGCACCCCAACAUCAAGGUGAUGCGCCAUCCAGACCACGUGUCCUCCUCCGUCUACCUGUGGGCGCAUCACGAGAAGAUCGUGGUGGUCGACCAAUCGGUUGCUUUCGUGGGCGGGAUCGACCUGGCGUACGGUCGCUGGGACGACAGGGAGCAUCGGCUGACGGACGUCGGCAGCGUGACCCGUUCCGUGGCGCUCGAGCAGGCCGCUCAGUCCAAUAAGGCGCCGCCGCCGCAUGUGGACGGCGUGUCACAGAGCAACGGUCGCGGGACGCCCGCCGCAGACCCGGCGGAGCUGCCCAGGCUGAAGGGCGUCGGGCGCAGCCGGCGCGCUCGUUUCAGUUUGUCUCGGCACCUGCACAAGCACACCCUGCAGCACAGCGACAGCGUCAGCAGCGUGGACAGCUCGGAGAGCGGCUCGGUGCAAAGCCUUAAAACAGGUGUAGGAGAGUUGCAGGGAAACACUCGCUUCUGGCAUGGAAAGGACUACUGCAACUUUGUCUACAAGGACUGGAUCCAGCUGGAAAGACCUUUCGACGACUUCAUUGACCGCUACACCACUCCCAGGAUGCCGUGGCAUGACAUCGCCUCGGUGGUGCACGGCAGAGCCGCUCGCUCCGUGGCCCGACACUUUAUUCAGCGUUGGAACUUCACCAAGAUCAUGAAGCCAAAGUACCGCUCUCUAUCUUAUCCCUUCCUGCUGCCAAAGUCUCACGCCACCGCCACUGAGCUCCGAUACCAAGUGCCCGACUGUGUGAAUGCCAAAGUGCAGGUCUUGCGCUCAGCAGCCGAUUGGUCGGCCGGCAUAAAGUACCACGAGGAGUCCAUCCACAACGCAUACAUCCAAGUCAUUGCCAAGAGCAAACACUACAUCUACAUCGAGAACCAGUUCUUCAUCAGCUGCGCCAACAACCGCACGGUGUACAACAAGAUCGGAGACGCCAUCAUCGAGAGGAUCCUCAGAGCGCACAAAGAAGGCAAGAAGUAUCGCGUGUACGUGGUGACCCCUUUGCUUCCCGGCUUCGAGGGGGACAUCACCACCGGCGGGGGGAGCGCCAUCCAGGCAGUCAUGCACUUUAAUUACAGAACCAUGAGCCGAGGGGAGUGCUCCAUCAUCUCCCAGCUUAAGAAGGAGUUGGACGACCACUGGAUGAACUAUAUCUCCUUCGCCGGGCUGCGCACGCACGUGGAGCUGGAAGGCCGCCUGGUGACGGAGCUCAUCUACGUGCACAGCAAGAUGCUCAUCGCCGACGACAACACCGUCAUCAUCGGCUCGGCCAACAUCAACGACCGCAGCAUGCUGGGCAAGCGUGACAGCGAGGUGGCGGUCAUCGUGGAGGACACGGAAAAGGUGGCCUCCGUAAUGGACGGACGCGAGUUUGAGGCCGGCCCGUACGCGCUGGGCUUGCGUCUGGAAUGCUUUCGGACGAUCCUCGGCGGACACGACGACGCAACCAUCGAUCUCUCCGACCCCAUCAGUGACCGCUUCUACAAGGAGGUGUGGAUGACCACGGCGGGCCGGAACGCCACCAUUUAUGAAAAGGUGUUCCGCUGCCUUCCCUCCUCGCUGGUGCGCAACAUGUCCGAGCUGGAGCAGUACCAGUCCAAGCCCGGUCUGGCCCAGAGCGACCAGGCCCGCGCUCAAGAGGAGCUGCGCAAGAUCCGCGGCUUCCUGGUACAGUUUCCUCUGGACUUCCUGUCGGAGCACAACCUCAUGCCUUCGGUCGGGACGAAGGAAGCCAUGGUGCCCACCGAGAUAUGGACGUAGGACUUUUGUCAAAGCCGGAUGCUGGUACGCUAUCUCGCGCUUGCAGCGUUACUAAGGAUGAUAAUGGGAUGCCACUUCCUGAGAGAGAAGCUUUGUUGCAACAAAGGGGGGGACCAGCUCUGGGAUCAAAUACAACCCGCAUGAUACUGAGAUGGCAACGGUUGCGUUAUGUGUUGCUCGACACCAGGGGCUCAUUUUGCCUCGAGUAUAUGUGGUUCAAAUUUGGUCACAAAAAUCUUGAGGACUAGUUUGCGCUUGAAGGAGAUGGUCAAAAUGGCCACUUCUAUAGAACAUCCUUGAUGAUUUUGAGCCUGGGUUUGAUGUAUUUAUUCGUCUACUCAUGCUAGACAUGCCUACCGAAUUUCAAGUUGAUCUGUGGAUUUUUGAAAAACUUCCACAAAGCACUUGAGUGUAAAGCCCCUUAAAACGUUUAUUUUUGAGUCACUCUAAUAAGGCUUUAUGUACUGUACCCACCUUUAUGACGUCAGAGCUUGACACGUAUCGUGCUGGAAUGGGGUGAUUGGGAAAGUAGUAGUAACUUGAGACAAUCUUUCCUCAUGUUAUUCCACGUUCUGUCCGCCAGGUGGUGCUGAUUUACAAGUACAGCUUAUGAUUUUUUUUUUUUACAAAGCAAACUCCCCCUUCAGACAUUUUUUUUUUUUAAUUUAAAGUAAAUGCUCCCUUUUAAUUGAAAAUGGACACAUUUUAUUGUUUUUAAUAUCUUUUAAUGCUGUGGAAGAUAAUUUUGUAUUGAACUGUAACAUUUUAUACCCGAAGGAGCCCUUUACACUCCCACCCAGCCCUCCUUCCAAUGUGAAUGUUAAGAACCACUCUUGGUAUUUUGCAAUGUCAUCAGGUAGAACAUAAAUGUAGAAUUAGUGACAAUUCAUAUGUGUGACACAAUAACGUCCGCUUUGACAGUGCUGGAAAGUUGAGCUUGUUAUUUGUACAGGUAAUAACGUCCACUAAUCACCGCUUGACUGGGACCACAAACUACUUUUACAUUUUAGCACCUUCCGUUUUGCCUUCUCCUAUUUGAACCCUUCCUGUAGGAUGGACUAACUGUAUUUACAAAUGACAGUAAUAAUCCAUAUUUACGGUCAGUCAGCUGCUUUUUUUUUUUUUUUUUUAAUUUUUAAUGAUGUGUAAUACAUAACUGAAUUAAUCAGUCAAUCUAUCUAUUACUCUUAAUAGUUUUGUACAGUCCCGUGUCGAAUCUGCUCAGUUCACUGGACCUGCGUAAAAUGGCAAACUAAUAAAAUUGAUCACUUGUUCAUAACGAA